GCGGCGCGGUGCCUGGGGAGGGCUUCCGGGGCCGCGGGUCGGACCACGGAGAGCUGCUGUCAUGGCGGCCACCCGGUGGGGCUUGCUCUGCGCCCUGCUGCUGCUGCAGCUGGCAGGGAGGGCCCGCAGCUCGGAGGCGCCCGGCGCUUCCGCCGAGGGGUCGGCGGGGCUUGGGGUCGGCCUAGGAGAUCGCUUCAAGAUUGAGGGGCGCGCGGUUGUCCCCGGAGUGAAGCCUCAGGAUUGGAUCUCGGCGGCCCGAGUGCUGGUGGACGGAGAGGAGCACGUUGGCUUCCUUAAGACAGAUGGGAGUUUUGUGGUUCAUGAUAUACCCUCUGGAUCUUACGUAGUGGAAGUUAUAUCUCCUGCUUACAGGUUUGAUCCCAUUCGAGUGGAUAUUACUUCAAAAGGAAAAAUGAGAGCAAGAUAUGUGAAUUAUAUUAAAACAUCAGAAGUGGUCAGACUGCCCUAUCCUCUUCAAAUGAAAUCUUCAGGCCCACCUUCUUACUUUAUUAAAAGGGAAUCAUGGGGCUGGACAGACUUUCUGAUGAACCCAAUGGUUAUGAUGAUGGUUCUUCCAUUGUUGAUAUUUGUACUUCUGCCCAAAGUGGUCAACACAAGUGAUCCUGACAUGAGACGGGAGAUGGAGCAGUCGAUGAAUAUGCUGAAUUCCAACCAUGAACUGCCUGAUGUUUCUGAGUUCAUGACAAGACUCUUCUCUUCAAAAUCGUCUGGCAAGUCUAGCAGCAGCAGCAGUAAAACAGGCAAAAGUGGGGCUGGUAAAAGGAGGUAGUUGGGCAGUCCACAGCUGGCAUUUGCACAAACACGGCAACACUGGGUGGCAUUCAAGUCUUGAGGGAAAACCAUGUGAAGCAACUACUGUAUACUUGAGUCAUCCUUAAAGUUGAUCUCCUAUAACUGUUGUGUGUGAUAACUUCAGUACAUGUUUUGAACUUGGUACACAAGAAAACCCAGCUUUUAUCCUUGUGUGAGGUCAAUGUUGAUGUCACUGAAUUAAUUACAGUGCCCUAUAGUAAAUGACAUUAAUAAAUUAUAUGAAGUACUAUACAUUAUGUAUAUUAAAAUGUCUUAACCCAGAGAUAAAAUUAUCUUGUCAUUUUUUCCACUUAAUGUUUCUUUUAUUCCUGAAAGUUUUCUCCUGUCUUUCAUUAUCUGAGGCUUGAAGUUGAUCCUUCCUGUUUAAAAAGAAGUGGUUG